AUGAAUCCCGUUAAGCAGACAGCAUCCCCUCCGGGAGCGGGAUGGGCACCAAUUGAGUGCCUUCCCCAAGGGAUACUAGAAAGGAUUGCCGAAUUCCACGGAGACAUUGUCGGUAUCUCCCCCAACGAGCAGGCCGGCACAUUCACCCACCCCCACAUCGAUUCAGCUGCCUCAGACACCUGGCAGCCUCGGUACAAUGACCUUCGAUCACUGGCGCUUACUUCCACAAGCUUCGCUUACCCGGCUCAGCGGGCCCUACGCUACGUACGCUAUCUCGUAACUUUUAUUACGGACUACGUGCGUCCGCUACCGAUCAGAUUCAUACCCCCCCAGCCCUUGGUAUUAUCAGAAUUCAUGCGCAACAUCUACCCACUUCUUUCGACUCCCAUCGCAGACGCUCUUCCCGAGCACAGCUUCCUCCGCGGGACCUUGAAAAACAGCCUUGACACUCUGAUCGCCACUGAUUCCUCAGAAUGGGGCGGUUUCCUGAUCCACAUGAUCGGCCAAACCGGUGUGAAUUUUCACACCAUAGAGGAUCAAGUUCUCACGACGGCCCUACAGCUCUGCCCCCGUCUCGCGGCUACUCGCCUUUGCUUUGGUGAGCCCAGGCGCCAUUCCGAGGGCCCGGAGCCUGCCAACCAAACUGCGCCAAACAUCCUCAUUUAUUCCAGCCUUAUCAACAACUGCCCGUCGUACCUCAAGUCCUUGACUCUCGACUUUGGUGCCCUCUACUCCCUCACCAACUUCAAGAGCCAUGUGCCCGGAUACCCACCCGGCUGCCCGCCCUCGGUCGAGCGGCUCACCCUCGUGGGAAACAGGGUUGAAUCCGAGCUGCCGUACGAGGCCUUUACCAUCGAAAUCCUUUCCGCCUGGUUGGGAACAAACAUGAAGUUGCGCGAGCUCAGGCUUGUCGACGACUUCGACAAGAUGAUCCGUUACACGGACAUCAGGGAGUCCAACAACGCCACUAGCAAUUCCGAACAAGUCAGAAUGCCCAAUUGGAACGACGUUCUACGUUCGUACAAAGACACUCUGGAAGUGUUAGUGAUGGGUUGGGACCGUCCUUCUGCCAUUGGCAUGAAGGCCCGGUUUGGGGCCUCGGGCAAGCUUGAUUGCUUGCCGGAAAUGGGCAAGCUGAGGUAUCUGAAGGCGCCGUUAAUCGCUCUCGGGGGUAACGAUUUCAUUGUGCCUUUGGGUCCAGAGGAUGGCAAGCUCAUUGAGUCAGUCAGGACUGGGCUUCCAGCUAACCUGAGGAAGCUCGAUCUCAUGGUGGUCAACCCGCCUCAGACUCGUGCGGAGAGAACGACCUUGAAGUGGAGGGUUGUUGAGUGCCGGCUUUAA